AUGGACAAGCAGCCGGGGAAACGCGCGAGGAGAAAGCGAAGCGGCGAGAAGACGAUAAAGUUUCGUUGCGACUACUCGUCAACGCCGUUGAGAGUGCUGGAGUCGAGAGGCUGGACGAGAGUGAGUGACACUAGCUGGGAUCUGUGGUGGUGCGACUGCAGCGAGGUGAAGCUGGCGCUGCACAACCUGCAGCGGCUGCGCGCCCAGCAGCGCGUGGCCCACUUCCUGAACCACGGAGAGCUGACGCGCAAGAACCUGCUGUACCGCAACCUACGCCGCUACAAGCGGCUGCUGCUCAAGGCCGGCAAGAGCCGCGAGGCCGCGCUCUGCGACAUCAUGCCCGUGAGCUUCGAGCUGCCCAGCGAGUACCGCAUGCUGGUCGAGGAGUACCGCAGGUGCCAGGGCGCCACCUGGAUCGUCAAGCCCGCCGCCGGCUCACAGGGCAGAGGCAUCUUUCUGUUCCGAAGGCUCAGGGACCUGGCGGAGUGGCGCUCCAGGGAGUACCCGGCGCCCAGCGCCGACUCCAACUCGGACGGCGAGGGCCUCGCGGCCCCGGACGUCUACAUCGUGCAGAAGUACAUCGACGAGCCCUACCUGCUCGCAGGUUGCAAGUUCGACCUGCGAAUCUACGUGCUGGUCACCUCGUUCCAGCCGCUCAAGGUCUGGCUGGCUCGCGAGGGCUUCGCGCGGCUCUCGGGCGAGCAGUUCUCCCUCGCGCGCAUCGACGACAGCCGCGUCCACCUCACCAACAUGGCCAUCCAGCUGAAGGCCGCCGACGGCAGGCCCGCUAGGCGCCCAGCGCGGCCCAGCGCGGACCGCGACUGCGAGCGAACUGCGCCGCCGGCCAGGCUCGGCAGCAAGUGGCCGCUCAGCUGCCUCAGGCAGUACUUGACGGAGCGCCACGGACCCGCCGUCGUCGACGACCUUCUGCACAACAUUGCCGGUAUGAUAAUGGCCAGCCUGGCGGCGGUGCAGCGCUCGGUGGUGGCCUGCCAAAACUCGUUCGAGCUCUACGGCUACGACGUGCUGCUGGACAAGGCUCUGCGGCCCUGGCUGCUCGAGGUGAACGCCUCGCCGUCGCUCAACGCAACCGACGCCCACGACUUCCGGCUGAAAUUCGACCUCGUCGACGACGUGCUCAACGUGCUAGACCUCGAGCGCAAGCUCACCGGUCGCGAGACCCGCGUCGGCGGCUUCGACCUGCUCUGGGACGAUGCGCCCGUCUACUGCCCGGUACAGCCCGACAAGCUCAACGUCUUCCUCGGCGCCUGCAACGACCGUCUCGACCAGCUGCAAGCUCUCAACAGCCAGCUGCAAGCCUGUAGCCGUUCGCCGCUCGAUUGAUUCCUUUUCGGACUUGAUCGCCAAGCAAGCCUACUUGCCGCUUAGUCACCUAUUAGAACCUGCCAAAUUUACGCGUUUGUAAUUUUACUGAUCGCAUGUGCGAUUGCUACGAACGUGCCUCUGUUCCGGCUCCAUUAAUAAAUUGUACGGCUUGCAAGCUACGGCCAUUAAAUCAAAUGUUCAUUUAUCAAGUGUGCUGAAACUUUCCGUACCUACGUAUGUCUGUGAGUGUUGAAAAUAGCAGCUGCUAAAGAUAUAAAUAUCUAUAGCAAUCUUGUGCACAAGCCAUUCGGAUAAUGAUCCACCAUGGGAGAAUAAGAAAGUGUGCAAUCGGCCCUAUAAUUAUUAAAUCGUAGAGCAAUAGCUUCCUAUAUUCAAAAAAUGAUGAUUGGUUGAUGCUAAAAUAGAGCGCGAAAUUUUAGAUUUUUGUAUACUUUGAAAUAUUUUUAUUAUAUAUAUAUAUACAUAGGAGUGAAAGAUUUAUAUUUCAUCAGUAAAUUCAAUUUAUGAAUAAUUAAUAUGGAUAAUAAUCUGCAAGAAUGGCAAUAUGUCUUUCAUAAUUCAGAAGACGUUAUGUUUUGGAAAUUAUUGGUACAAAUCGUUAAUUUUAUAUCCAUCUGUGAUAUUGAAAUUAGUAUUAUUGUGUUAAGAUUUAAUAGAAAG